AUGACAGCACCACCCCCGCCACCAACCAAGCCCCCGACCCCGCGCGGCCCGAACCCGCUCCUCCUCCUCGGCAUCCUCGCGGCCGCGAGCUCGACCUUCCUAAUCCUAGCCAAUCGGCGCAACGACGACCCGGCACACAAGCGGCGCGAGUUCCACGGGCCCAAGCUGCCGCCGCUUAAUGCGCCCAAGGUGGAUAUGCCGGUCAAGAAGGGGCCUAUCAUAUGCAUUGGUUUCUUCGGAGUCGCGUCGUUGCGUCGCAGCUCGGAGCCGGGUGUCGGAGCCGGCGCGCCGCGCCGCGCCGCGCCGCGCCGCGACAACGGAGUCGACUCGGCAUCCGACACGCAGCCGGCCAGCGGCCUCAUGCCUCAACCACUACACCCCGCCACUCCACGCCAGCACCACUUCGCGACAUAG